GAGAGAGAGAGAGAGAGAGAGAGAGAGGAAAGGAGGGACAGAGGAGGGGAGGAAGGAGGGAGAAGAAGCAAGAGAGAUUCAAACUAGUGGUCUGCUUCCCCAAUGCUUUCCAAGUGCACCACAAAACUGAGCCCGGCAUCGGACGGGGAGCGGGGCGCACCUGGCAGCGACAGGACACACUGUGGGAGGAAAUGUGAAGUUGGAAUCCCGCUAAAACUAAUGCUGUGAAGUGGCUCUGUCCCUGGAGCCAAAACUUCAUCUUGUUGGUGUCAGCGAGGAUGCUGUGGGUUACCUUGCUGAGCACCAUAGCCUUAGGAUGGACCACACCAAUCCCACUGCUAGAGGACUCUGAGGAGAUCGACGAGCCCUGCUUUGAACCCUGCUACUGCGAGGUCAAAGAGGGCAUCUUCCAUGUCCACUGUGACAGCAAAGGAUUUACAAAUGUCAGCCAGAUCUCCCAGAUAUGGAGCCGGCCUUUCAAGCUCAACCUGCAGAGGAACUCUAUGAGGAAGCUUUAUUUUAACAGCUUCCUCCAUCUUAACAAUGCCAUAUCCAUUAAUUUGGGUAAUAAUGCCUUGCAAGAUAUACAUGCCGGAGCAUUCAAUGGCUUGGGAAUACUCAAACGGCUGUUCCUGCAUGAAAACAAAUUGGAAGUUUUCCGGAACGACACAUUUCUGGGACUGGAGAAUCUUGAGUAUCUCCAGGCAGAUUACAAUGUUAUCAAAAGGAUUGAAAGUGGUGCAUUCAGGCACCUUCACAAACUCAGAGUGCUCAUAUUAAAUGACAAUCUCAUUCCUGUUCUCCCAAAUUAUCUUUUCCGUUCUGUGUCCCUAACACAUCUAGACUUGAGAGGGAACAGAAUAAAGACAUUGCCGUAUAAGGGCACAUUGGAGUACGUUGGACGGAGCUUGAUGGAAAUCCAGCUGGAAGAUAACCCUUGGAACUGUGUGUGUGAAAUUGUCCAGUUAAAAACGUGGCUGGAGAGAAUCCCUUACACAGCUUUAGUGGGCGAGAUAACUUGUGAGUACCCAUUCCACUUACAUGGGAAAGACCUACGGGAAAUAAAGCGCAGCGAGCUUUGUCCUCUGCUCUCCGAUGCAGAGAUUGAGGCCAAGCUGGGAAUUCCCCGGGCACCAUUCAGCAAUGAGCAUACUUGGCCUACUAAACCUUCCUCCAUGCUCUCCUCUGUUCACAACACAGCCUCUUCUGUGGAGUACAAGGAACGAGUGGUGAAGCCUACCAAACGACCCCGGCCCACAAAGAACCCCCCAACCCCUCGUAGCAUCUAUCCAGGUAUCAACCAGCCCCCAGUUGCUGGUUAUCAAACAAGACCACCCAUUCCAAUUAUUUGUCCAGCUGGGUGUAUUUGCAACCUUCACAUCAAUGACCUGGGCUUAACAGUGAACUGUAAAGAGAAAGGCUUUCAUAACAUCUCAGAACUCCUGCCACGUCCUCUCAAUGCCAAGAAAUUGUAUCUCAGUGGGAAUCUAAUACAGAGAAUCUAUCGUUCAGAUUUCUGGAACUUCUCAAGUUUGGAUUUACUGCAUUUAGGAAACAACCGGAUAUCUUAUGUCCAAGAGGGCGCCUUCAUCAACUUACCAAACUUAAAAAGUUUAUAUUUGAAUGGGAAUGACAUAGACAGCCUUACUCCUGGUAUGUUUCGGGGACUUCAGAUGUUGAGUUAUCUUUACUUUGAGUACAACAUCCUCCGUGAAAUCCCCCCUCACUCUUUCUCCUUAAUGCCCAACCUCCAGCUGGUUUUCCUUAACAACAACCUGCUACAAUCCCUUCCUGUUGAUGCUUUUGCUGGCACCAACCUUGCACGUCUCAAUCUCCGCAGCAAUUAUUUUGUUUCCCUGCCUGUGCAUGGUGUCCUGGAACAUCUGACCUCCAUUGUCCAGAUCGAUCUCCACCAGAACCCCUGGGACUGCUCGUGCAAUAUCGUCCCCUUCAAGCAGUGGCUGGAAAAGCUCUCCUCGGUAAUUGUGGUGGGAGAUGUCAUCUGCAAGACACCAGAGUUUGCAGUUGGGAAGGAUCUGCGUUUACUUGAAGUGGAUGUCAUCUGUCCUGAGCUGAAGUUUUCCUCAGGUCCCUCACCAGCUCUGCCMGGUGGGGAUGACCUCACCACAGGGAGCUCGGACGUGGGGGAGGCAGGUGCGAGGGGGGCUGUCCCGCUGUCAGUCCUCAUCCUCAGUCUGCUUAUCCUCUUCAUCUCGGCUGUGUUUGUAGCUGCUGGGCUCUUUGCCUUUGUCCUACGUCGCAGGAAGAAGCUGCCAUUUCGCAAACGUUCUGAGGUAGACCUAACAGGGAUCCAAAUGCAAUGUAGGAUUUUUGAGGACCCACCAAGGCAAAACAGUGCUGGGAACCCUGGCACACCGGAGAAGCCAACACCCAGUAUGCACACACACACGCACACGAGUCACACACAUGCUCACGGACAUGUUUAUGAUUACAUCCCCCACCCUGUGACUCAGAUGUGUAACAAUCCUAUCUACAAGCCUAGAGAGGGGGAGAUUGCAGAGGAGGAAAGGGCACAGUUUUCAGAAAAGAAAGACAACGGCUGCAGUAGCAACAGUAACUACAGAACCUUAUUAGAGAAAGAGAGAGAGUGGACCCUGGCUGUGUCAAACUCUCAACUCAACACCAUUGUUACAGUCAACCACACCGCAGCUGAACUGGCAGGAUUUCAUGAGAAUGGAGGGCUGUGCCCUACAGUAAUUGACAGUCAGAGGCCCACGCCAACAGUGGGCUUUGUAGACUGCUUGUACGGAACAGUACCUAAAUUAAAGGACAUGCAUGUUGCACAUGCACACCCACCAGGCAUGCAGUACCCAGAUUUGCAGCAAGAUGCACGGCUGAAGGAGACGUUGCUUUUCACAGCCGGGAAAGGCUGCUACCCUGACCCAUCCCAAAGUGAUUACCUCGAGUUAAGGGCCAAACUUCAAACCAAGCCAGAUUACCUCGAAGUUCUGGAAAAAUCAUAUCGGUUCUAACAACUCUAACCCACUGGAGGAAAUAACAAUUAUAUGUACAUAAUUGUUACACUUUGCCACCAUCAAAGUAAAUCACCUACAAAUAAUUUUAUAAAUUUACGUUUUUUGAAUAAGCAGCAUGAUAUUAAAUAAAAUUAUAUGACAAGUCACAAUGUUUCCCCCCACCCCAAAAGCACCCUGGAGGAGUGGUCAUUCUCAGAUGUUUCAAUUAAGUGCCUUUUUUUCAGAGUAGCCAGCAAUGUCAACAACAAUUAUUUUUAUAAUAUAUAAUAUCUCUAUAUAGUCCUGCAGAGAGCAAAAAGAGGAACAAAGAUGGGGCUCUGGGGAAUAAAACAUAAAAACCAUGAUACAUCUGUCACUAAAAUCCCUUUUUUUUGGAGUUACAAUAACAUGCUACUAGUUACUAUGAAGACGAACGGGAGCUGGACGUCUCCCUUAAUGGUUUUUGUUUGUUUUGUUUUGGGUUUUUUCUCUCUUUUUUUUUUUUUGGUCUAUUUUCCUCCUAGUAGGAUGUACAAACACCUGGAGGCUGUGCACAGAUUUUUUUUUAUUUCUUUCUUUUUUUAUGAAAUUAUCAAAAGAGAGAGAAAAAUAUGUAUGUUCAAACUGAACUGCAGUUGCUGCAUGCACUCGCUUCAGUGCAGAGGAGGUGAGCGAAUUUUACUCAGAACUAUAAAGUCACGUUAUGAACAGAGAUACUGCAACACAUUUAAAGUUCAGUGUUCUAUUUAAUUUUUAUAUCUUAUUAUUAUGGUUAUUACUAUCAACGGGGACUUCUGUCUAUGUCAGGGUGCUUCGCUAAAAAAAAAAAAAGAAAAAAAUUGAAAGGAUGCACCCACUCUCGGAUGGUAAACAUUUGUGAAUAUAAUUAUAAGAUGAUGUUGAGGGUUUUUCUGGAUAUUCCCAUGCACUUUGUUAGGACAUUCCUCUUCCACCUUCCCUUUUCCUCCCCUCCCUUUCAUUGCCUCUGGAUUUCCCCUCAUUGGCGUCCACUAACAGCUUUGUAGGAAGCACUUUUAAUGUUUUCUCCUUCACAAAGAUUUGAAGAAAAAAAUGUGCAUAUAUUUAUUCUGUAAUUUCAGUGAAGAAUUUAACUGUAAAGGUAAUGUUAAAUCAAUGUAUAGUGAUUAUGCGUCUGGUAUAGCCUUCUUAAUAAAAACAAACUCUUCAAUCAAA